GUACCUACGGCACACAACCCAACCCCAUCUCCAUCCUCAGUUCCCCACUGCCUCAGGCCUCAGGCGCGCGCGAAGCUCCGCCGCCGCCGCCGCAAGGGAUGUCGCUAUGCUGCUGCAGCGGCGCGAGUCGCCGCCUGCUCCUCCCUCGCCUCUUCCUUGGCCAGCAGCACCAGGUCGGCCGCUCCCUCCUCCAAUUUCGCGCCACCUCAAGCGCCGCCGCCUCUUCCUCCGCUACACCCCUCUCGCCGGCGCAGCAGCGCCAGGUCACCCUGUACGUGGACGCUCUCCUCGACUGGAACCAGAGGAUGAACCUUACCGCCGUCACCGACGAGGCCGAGGUCAUGACGCGCCACGUGGAGGACUCCCUCGCCGUGCUUCCACCGCUAGAACGUGCAUACCGCGCCCAGUCCACCUCCCACGGCGGUGACAUGGGUGGUAUCAGUCUUAUUGAUGUUGGCUCUGGCGCGGGGCUCCCCGGUUUGAUCCUUGCUGUCGCGCGGCCAAGCUGGAAAAUUACACUGCUGGAGUCGAUGCGGAAGCGGUGCACGUUCUUGGAGCAUGCAGUUGAGGUCAUGGAGCUGUCAAAUGUGGAUGUGCUGUGUGACCGAGCUGAGAAUGUUGGCCAAAGUCACGAUUUCAGAGAGGCAUUCGAUGUAGCAGCUGCAAGAGCCGUUGCAGAACUUAAAAUUUUAGCUGAGUACUGCCUCCCAUUGGUCCGUGUUGGUGGUCUAUUUAUAGCUGCAAAAGGGCACGAUCCACAUGACGAAAUAAGAAAUGCAAAAGCUGCAGUUCAUACAUUGGGUGCCUCCAUGCUAGAUUUGUGCACCGUUGAAUCAAUGGGACCCCAUGGUCAACGAACGGCUGUUGUAUACCUAAAAGAACGUGGUACUCCAAGAAGAUACCCUCGGCAUCCAGGUACUCCUUCGAAGACACCAUUAUGAGAGGCACGCUGCCAUUGUUGUAGACUUCACAAUUUACAAUACUCAAAAGCUGAGAACUGUGGCUGAUCUCACUCCGAAGAACACCCACUGGAAGAUGAUUGUUCUUGAAGCAUGAUAGAUCUAUUCUGCUACCCUGACAUCAAUUAUGUUCUUAAUAAAAUUGUAAUCUCAAAUGAAUUAGACUGGCACUAUGAUUCUUGUUCGCAGAUGCAAGAAUGGCAUAUUUCUUGUUUCCAUGGAAACAUGGGCAUUGGUCCCCAUCACUGUAGAAUUGCUUAUUAUUUCAGUGAAGAACCCUAUCAUGACAUAGAAGUUGUCUCAACA